AUAAACUGUCAAGAUGUCAAAAUAAAAAUUAAAGUAGAGAUUUUUUAUAUUUUUAGAAUGUUUUUCAUUUACAAUAAUUGGAGUAAAAAAUGUUAAUUAGUUCAAUUAUUUGUCUUCAUAAAUUAGACGUUUAGUGUUAGACUACGUAAUAAAAAUAUGGGGAAAAACAAAAUGAUAGCUAAAAGUUGCCCGAAAUGUGAAAUGCAGGUAGCCGUUGCAUCAAAAUCGUGUAAGUGCGGACACACUUUCUUUUCUGCUCGUCGCGGUGCUGACACUCUGCCGGCCGUUGAGAAUAUCAAAAGAAGAACCGGUCGAGUUAGGAGAUCGCAGCCUCAGUUUUAUGAUGCCCAGCAUUACCAAAAGCAGAUUAAAAGGAGAUCGCCGAAGAAAAGGUCUUUAUCGAGAUCCAUAGAUGAAGACUCUAAAAACAGUAGAGAGAAAACUGAAAAUGCUUCCGCGAUAGCGCUGCCAGUGGCAUCACGCGCCCGCCGCCGCCGCGCCCUACGACGGACCCGCCGAUCCCCGCCGGCGUCCGUGAACAACUCGCGCGACCCCACACCCAAUCUAAGGCCCGCCCAAUUAGCUAGAUGCAGAUUAAUACUUCAAGAGAUCAACAGAAAGAUGAGCGCUGUCACCUGGCAUCCGCCUGCCGAAUAACGAAGAAAAAAAAAAGAAAACAAGAACUGUCAUUUAAGAAACAGGGAUGCCCAUCCCUGAAUUGACUAAAGAAGUUUUAGUCGAUUAUUCGGAAUCGACUAAAUACAAUCAAUUGAUUGUCAUCGGAAAAGUGUUUGAAUGCGAUAUGUGUUUUUUUUUUACGAAUUUGGCAUAGUACGUUAUUGAUUUGUGCAUUAGUAUGUCUAGACAACGAGUGAGCUAUUUUUAAAUAAUUUAACUGAAAAGAUUUAACUUAAUAAGUUUUUGCUUUGUUUUUCGCGAGUCGCGGAUAAAAUUAAAACUACUUUUACGGUUUAAUUUCUAGUUUAUUGUCGCCAUUAUGUCGUUUCCAAAGCUUCGAAUACAGGCUUCAUGGUUAUACGGACGAACUGUAGAGCCAUUUGACAAUGGCAAUUGAAUAUUGCGCCAAUUACAGUUUUUUUUGACAUGAUAAUGUCUUAUAAAUUGGUGAACACCGACUGCACGGAGAAAAAGUGUCACGUUCCGCCUAAGCCUGAGCGUGCAAGCGAGAGCGCGGAAUAAGCGAAAUGGAGACACAAUCGGCCCAAGCGUUAAUUUAUUGAAAUAAUUGUAAUUUUCCAUUAAGUCUUUCUUUGUAUUGUACAAAAUAAUGAAUGAAUUCAGUGAUAAUAAUUCAAAUCAAUUCAUAAAAGUAUGUAGUUUUUCAUUAAAGUUUCUUUAAGACGUUGUCACUUAAAACU